AUGGAUAGCUUGAUUAGAAAAUUUUGGUGGACAGGGGGAAAUGAUAAGGACAGGUACAUGGCCUUAAUUAAGUGGGAUUCGUUAUGCUGCCCCAAGGCUAUGGGUGGAUUGGGGUUUAGAAAGAUGGAGCAUAUGAAUUCAGCUUUACUAGCCAAGUUAGCUUGGCAAGUUGCGACUGAUUUCGACACACCGUGGGUGAAAUGUUUCAAGGCUAAAUACUGCAGAAGGAAUUCUUUUUGGAGUGUCGAGAGUAAGGGCUAUGAUUCAGCUACUUGGAAAGGGAUUCUUCAUGCCCGUGAGAUCAUUCGAAACGGUAGUAUCACUCUUGUAGGGAGUGGGGCGGAUGUCGACAUAUGGGAGCAACCAUGGAUUCCAUGGUUGAAUUAUGAAGAGUUUUCAUGUCUAAUGCGUGAGGUGCGAGUUCGGUCCCGAUUGCUAAGUUCUGUUGCAGAUAUCUCCUCUCCCAAUGGUGACUGGAAUAGACAGCGAGUCUUGGAGAUUUUUGGUAAUGAUAUUGGCUCUAGAAUUUGUGAAAUUCAGAGACUCCCUAUUCUCAACUCAGAUAUGUUGAUUUGGAAACAUUCUGGGGACGGUGAAUUCUCGGUCAAAGGGGCUCUUAAUGUCUGUUCCAAUAUCAAUGAUCACGAUGCCGGAAUUGAUAGCAAGCUUUGGAAAUUCAUUUGA